UUUUUCCCUUCAUCAACAAUGGCUACUUCUUCUCUAGAUCCCUUUUUCCUCCUCAUUUUUCUCACUCUUUCCCUCACCAUUUCCCCUUCAUUCACAUCCUCUAAAUCCCUUUCUUCACCUUCACCACUUUCUUCACCAUCACCAAAACCAUCACCAACAAGUACACCAUCCAUUCUUGAUCCAAAACAACUCAAAGCACUUCAAUCACUCAACAUCCCAACAGGCAAAAACCCAUGUUCAUCACUCCACAACUCAACCAUAACAUGUGAUAAUUCAACCCCAUUUCGUCACAUUGUCUCAUUAACCCUCAGUAACUGCACUGAUGAUGUUGCUCUAUCACUCACUGCAAUGAAAGCACUGUACACACUGAACAACAUUCAGUUUGUUAACUGCCCCGUUACGCCUAUUCGGUUACCGUCUCAACUUGCUUUGAAUCUUAAAACUUUUACUUGUGUUAAUAGCUUGAAGAAGUUAUCUGGGGUUUGGUUAAGUAAGUUACACAAUGUCACAGAACUAACUGUUAGUAAUGUUAAGGUUGUUGCUACUGGUCCUUACGUGAUCUUGAAUAAUAUGAUACAUUUGAAUACAUUUAUGAUUACGAAUGCUAAUCUUAGUGGCUAUUUACCUAAACAUUGGCAUUCGAAUAUUAGUUAUAUAGAUUUGUCUGGUAAUAAGCUUAGAGGAAGAAUCCCUACUUCAAUGACUGAAUUGGAGAAUCUUGAGUACUUGAAUUUGUCUGGUAAUAUGCUUAAUGGUACAAUUCCUGUUUCGUUUGGUGAUUUGUCAUCUUUGAAGAAUGUGUCAUUGGCAUCGAAUUCGUUGUCUGGGAGUAUACCGGAUUCGAUUGCUGCUAUUUCGGAAUUGGUUCAUCUAGAUUUGGGGUCUAAUCAGCUUAAUGGAACUAUCCCUAAGUUCAUUUCCAAUAUGAAGGGAUUGAAGUACUUGAAUCUUGAGAAGAAUAACUUUCGUGGGGUUUUGCCUUUCAACGCUUCGUUUGUAAAGAAAUUGAUUGUGUUGAAGGUGGGGGAGAAUUCGAAUCUUUGCUAUAAUCACUCAACAUUGUCAUCUAAAGUGAAGCUUGGGAUCGCUCGUUGUGAUAAACACGGUUUACCUAUGGCGCCUCCAGCGUCGAAGGAGAUUAGUUCGGAUGAUAGCGAUGACUCUGAUGAUUACUCUGAUGAUGAGAGUGUGCACAAAGAACAUAGUCAUGGACCAAGUAAGGUUGUUCUUGGUAUUUCCAUUGCACUUUCCUCGAUUGUAUUCUUAAUCAUUUUCUUGAUUCUGUUGGCUAAAUGCUGUAAAUGAUCGAGUAUAAAAAUGAAAUCUUGGUUCGUUUAGUACUUUAGGAAAUUUCUUAAUUGGAUUGUGAAAUUUGUUUAGUUAAUUAUACAGCUGUAGAAGAGGUGGUUACGUUAUUUUGGUGUGAUUGGAGGAAGUAGGGGGGCUAAAUCGAUCGUUAAGUGUAUGAGGGAGAUAUUUCCUAUUAACGAAAUUUUUGUUUAUGUAUGAAUUUUCGAUUGAUGAAUUGAAGUAUAUGGUUUUGAUUUUCCA